AUGGCUCCUGCGCAUGCUAUCAUCGGCGACGCUAUGGCAAACGUUUUCAAGAUCUCGCUCUUUAAUAAACGUCGUUCGUCAUCUCGCUCGGAGUCUAGGUCCCGCAGUGGAUCGACGGCCACCUCCAGAGCAACUUCACCUGAACCGCGGGUCGGUUCAAAUGUCUUGAAAAGGAGUUCGAGGGUUGCUGCUCUCGAAAACAAAUUUGCAUCAUCCAACAUGGAGGGUUCUGCAAACGCUAGCCCCGAUUGCACGCAGGAUGCAUCCUCUGGCAAUCUCGUUGGUGAAAACAGCGCGCCUGACAACCUUUGCAAGGUUGCGGAAUCUGCGGAUUUCGUCAAAAGCGACUCCUACAUGCUGGAAGCAAUCGUCGAGCAGUCUCAUAGUGAUGUCAAUGGACAGCUCAAGGCCCUUGCCGAACUAGAGGAUAGUUCGCGUGCCGAGUUUGGUGCACUGACGCAGAGCGACUCAGAGCAGGACAUCUUUUAUGAAGCAUUCAGUGCGCCCCCCGCCAUAGAAACGCAGCCGCAUAUAUCCAGCGACCUACCCGUCGCUCACUCCUCUACAGCAGCUUUCAUAGAGGCCGUAUCAUCUGCUUCGGCUGCAGCGCUGCAACCUGAGCUCGACGAAUCGGAUGAAAAAUGGGAGGUCGAAUUUUCUGCUUCCUCUUUCUCUGUCUGUGACAGUUGCUCGCACGACGCUAGUGUUGCUGUGCCCAACGUAUCGACCAUUCUCGGAUUUCCACCUACGGUAUCAAGCAUCGAAGCAAGUGCGUGUCCAUCAUCAAGCCAGAACGAAGGUGCUUCUUCGAGCCUGUCAGCCUCCGCGCCCAAACAAGAUGCUUCUUGUGUUUGCCCUCUCACUUCCUUUGGCUCUACAUGUUCUCAGCCACCAAAGGGUCCCUCUCCUCUUUCUGCCGCGCCGGACGCUCUGUUAUGUUUAUCAUCAGCAUCCCGCGCUUCAGUGUGGUCUUUAUCAGAGCCUGCACUUUCUGUUGGUUCUACUACGCCUACUGCAAUAGAUGCUAUACGCUCGUCGCAUAUUCCGGACGCUACUCCCUUCGCAACAGCUAAUGCGGAGUCCGCUGAAGUCGCUGGAGCGGGUGGGCAGGAAGUUGUGACCAGUGCGACCACUUUGCAUGCCGGAGAAAAUACCAUAGAGCCGCUUGGAAUUCCCUUGCCUUCGACAUAUGCCGAAGCCACGAAUGUAGGUGUCCUGUAUGGUCACUUAAAGAUGCAUUUAACAGCUGUUUUACUAUCACAGCUCGCUUUUCAAUUCCCAGAGCUUUCGGAGCAGAUACUCAAACUACCUCUGCCGUGGUCAAAAGACCGAGUAGCUGAAGGAAGUGACGAUAGUUCAGCAUCUGUCAGUGCAUCGACCUCAACCUCCUCUACCCCCGUUGGCGAAUGCUUUCGAAAGAGAGGAAGAUCGAGGGGCCCAGUACACACAGACGAUGAGCCGAAUUGGGCGCUAGCUCCGGAUUCUCCAAGACGUCAGCCUCGGCCUACGCAACGGGGUCGCGGGCGUGGCCGGGGUAAAGGGAGGGGAAGGGGUUGUCGGUCUCGCGCCGGUAGCAGCAGCCGAGAGCAAAGUACAAGCCGCGAUCAAAGUAUAAGUCGGGACUAUAAAGCUACCGGCGCUGGCUCGACUUUGCGCGCAAAACCAGUGUUCUCAGCCCAGAUUAGCUCAGACAAACUGGUCGACUCGCUGGGGGCGCAGGUAGCUGUUGAGUCAUUGAUUGAGACGAUGAAAGUCAAGCGAACGUCGAAUAUGCUAGUGGCAAUGGCGCAUGAUCUUCCUGAGGCCCCCCAGAAAGCUACCAUAUUGGCGCAGGAUACGUCUUCUAUCCUUCAGUGCACUGACCCUAGUGCAGCACCGGCUAGCAUGUCCGCCGUCGCUCCGGAGUUUGUCCCUACUCAAGUUCGCGCCCGCCUUCUUACUACCGGAUUGGGCGACGAGAGUGCAUUCCAUGCAAACCCUACAAUCCCAGCGACCAUUUCUCCUGCUCACAAGGGAACCUAUCUCAACGCUCCAUUGCGUCCAACUGCUACCUCGAGUUUCCAGCCAUGUAACACAGCUAGCGCAGGUCCACCAAUCCUAGUCAGCCUUCCACCGCCAACUCGCGUUCAACUCCCGCCUGAUGCGAACGAGGACGGUACAAUCGAGAGUGGGGAGAUCCUGUAUAGUACGAGCGGUUCUCCCGCUGUGAGUACUCCGUUCGCGCCUUCACGAUCAGCUUCGGGUACACCGCCGCGAGAAUACGACCUUCAGUUGUCCAGCAGAAUUAAGAAGAGUUCAGGCACAACGCGAUCAACGGUGAGUCUUAAGGAUAGCCGCCAAAACCUUUGUGACAUCCUUGGUGCGUUCCGAGCGGAAGGGUUGUCGGCACAUCCUCUGCUUCCCCUUGCCGCCGCAUGUCAACCCGCAAAUCAACCUGUCUCGAUAAUUCCUGAAGAUCUAAUGGUCACUCUGAAACGGAGGUUAAAAGUGGUGGAGGCGGCGCAGGUUGCUCUGCACAACAUAACUGAGGAUGUCCGUAUCCCAGACAGUUCGAUUGGCUUUCAUAGCUCUACCCAGCCGUCGUUACUUCAUCUCAAUUCAGCCGCCGAAGCGGUGGUCAGCCCUAAGGUCUCGAUCCCAUCGUCAGGGACGCCCACGAAAUCCACUCUCGAGGUGAACAUCUUUCAUGGGGGGCAGACGCCUACUAAUACCCCUGCGCCAUCGGCUUUCUGUCCGCCGCGGACCGAAGCAGGAUGGUUGAUCGACGAGUACGGUAUGCUAAAGCGGGGCGGUGCUAAGGACACCCUCGACCCUCCGCAAUGCGGUGCCUCUACCCCUUCCGUUUGGCCUCGCGCCGAGGAUCGCGUUGAUUCCCCCUCAUGGCGCACUAGAUCUCCUAGCGCACGUCCCAGUUCCUCGCGUCAAUCGCCGUCGCCAUCUCCAGUGCGAUUCGGCAAAAAAGAAGGAAUAAGAGGUUCAAAGCACGCGCCUUAUUCUCCGACGGGACCAUCACGUCUCCGCCGCGAGACCAGCACCCGCUUGAUGCCUUCUGCGAGCCAGGAUUCUGUGGUGUCGACAUCCGCGAAGCGCGAGACAGUGACUGCGGUAGGAACAAAUCGGCCGCAAAGUGGCCACCAGAAGACAAUCACUGGGCCUAUACCCACAGUGGGUCUGGCUCAUGCGAUUGGGCUUGUUGAGAGGAUGGUCAGUUAG